AUGGCAAAUAGCACAGAUUCCACUCAGACUCCCCAUAACCCAGGCCUCAGCAUCCUGCAAUCCGUGCUCGAUGCCAACCCCUCCAUUGAGUUUGUCCGACUUCAAUGGAUAGAUUUUACGGCGACAGUGCGAACCCGACUCGUAACGGUCCGGCAAGCCCUUCGUCUAGCCACCGAAGGGUUAUCCGUCAGUGUUGCCAGCCCCAUUGCCAGUGGCUUUCUUGUCGACGGCACUUUCAACGUGAUCAAUCCUGGUGCAAAGGACUCGCUGGUCCCUGACUGGUCGACUCUUGUUGUUUGCCAUUACCAUCCCGGUCAUGCGGCCGUCAUGUGUUGCCUCGACGAAGCGGGCCACGGAUUCGAAUGCUGCCCAAGGUCUGUGCUGAAGAAAGCCGAGCGUGAGUUGGAAGAAAAGCAAGGCAUGACCUUCUUGGUCGGCGUUGAGGUUGAAUUCUACCUCGCGGAGUCUGCGGCGUCGACGGCGCCCGUGAAAGACGUUACAUCUUACUGUUCCACGGCUUCUUUGAGAACACCAUAUUUGGCGGUGCUCGAAGACUCGGUGCGUGCCAUAGAGCUGGCUAAAAUACCGGUUUGGACCUUCCACACAGAACUCGUGGCUGGUUUGUUCGAGAUUUCAACGGAUCCUAUGACACCUUUGCGCGCUGCCGAUGCCCUUGUAUACAUCAACGAGGCCAUCAAAGCAAGCGCCGUCAAACAUGGUCUACAUGCUACCAUGCAUCCAAAGCCCUUCGACAAGACGCAUGGUGUGGGCCAGCACAUGCAUAUCUCACUCUCGUCAGACGCGAAGGACGACUCUUUUCUUGCCGGCGUUCUGGGCAGCGUGCCAGGGAUCUGCGCCAUUUCCAUGCCAAACUUCGACAGCUACCUCCGCGCCGAUUUCACAGGUGGCGGCUGGGUGUGCUGGGACUGGGAAAACCGGCUAAGUAGCAUACGCAAGAUUGGCCGUGCGCAUUGGGAGUUUCGAUUUGUCGACUGCACGGCGAACAACUAUCUUACGCUGGCUGCGAUACUUGGAGUGGGCAUGGCAGCUUUGGAGAAGGGCCAGGAGUUGAAAAUGAAGCCCUUGUCCGGCCGGAGUGUAGAAAUGGACGAGGAAACCAGACGAGAAUUGGGUAUGGACAAGCGUGCCCCAAAUGGCCUAAAGGAUGCGAUAGAGGCGCUGAAGAAGGAUGAAGCUGUGAUGGCCGUGCUGGGAAAAGAACUGUGGCAGCGAUACAUCAUGUACAAAGAAAAGGAAGAAGGGAUGUUAAGUGAAAUGACUUUGCAAGAGCGAAGGACGAUGAUCAUGGGACUCUUCUAG